CAAUUUCCUAGGACAAACACCAAUUCCUUAGUGUUUUCCUCUGAUACUUCUUCCUUUCACACAACCCCUCUCACAUUCUUGCUUUUCUUCAUUUCUCAUUCUCAAAAUGGAAGGAAAAGGAGGCCUUGGUAGAUUUUUCGAAACGGCUAAGCCAUAUAUAGCCAUGAUUUCCUUACAAUUUGGCUAUGCUGGAAUGAAUAUAAUUACCAAAGUUUCUCUUAACAGAGGAAUGAGUCACUAUGUGCUUGUGGUCUAUCGACAUGCCUUUGCCACUGCAGUUAUUGCGCCCUUUGCCCUCGUUCUUGAACGGAAAAUGAGGCCAAAGAUAACAUUUCCAAUUUUCCUGCAGCUGUUUGUGUUGGGACUUCUUGGGCCAGUUAUUGAUCAGAACUUCUACUAUGCUGGACUCAAAUUUACUUCCCCUACUUUCUCAUGUGCAAUGAGCAAUAUGCUUCCUGCAAUGACAUUCGUCAUGGCUGUCCUCUGCAGAAUGGAGAAGGUGAACAUAAAGAAGGUCAGGUGCCAGGCAAAGGUGGUGGGAACAAUGGUGACAGUGGCUGGAGCCAUGCUUAUGACACUGUACAAAGGUGAUGUACUAAACAUGGUAUGGUCCAAGUACAUACAUCCUAAGGAAACCAAUGCUUCUGGCACAGCUGGAAUCACUGACAAGGACUGGCUUAAAGGCUCAAUUCUUCUUAUUAUUGCCACACUUGCCUGGGCUUCUUUCUUCAUCCUUCAGGCUAUCACAAUGAGAAAAUACACAGCCCAUCUUUCCCUAACAGCCCUUGUGUGCUUCUUGGGAACAUUGCAAUCUAUAGCUGUCACCUUUGUAAUGGAGCACAAAUCAUCUGUUUGGACCAUUGGGUGGGACAUGAACCUGCUAGCUGCUGCCUAUGCUGGUAUUGUUUCGUCAAGCAUUGCAUACUAUGUACAAGGACUCGUCAUGCAAAAAAGAGGGCCGGUUUUCGUGACUGCAUUCAGUCCAUUGAUGAUGAUCAUUGUAGCAAUCAUGGGCUCUUUCAUCCUCGCCGAGAAAAUAUAUGUUGGCGGUGUUCUUGGGGCCGUGUUGAUUGUGAUCGGACUUUACUCCGUGCUGUGGGGAAAAUACAAGGAGUACAAGGAGAAAGAAGCAGAAGAAAUUCCCGAACCAGUAAAAUUAGGAGGCACCGGAAAUAACCAGAAGACAAUGGUGAUUGAAGACAUUGAAGCAAAUAAUGUUAUAGAAAUGCAGAAAAAUGAAGACGAAAAAGUGUGUGUUCCAGCCGUAGCCAUUAGUGCUCCAAUGCCAAUUCCUCCAAUGAUAGCCAUGGAAGUGCCAAAAGCUUAAACCAAUUGCAGAGGAGAGAAAAAAGCAGAAAGUAGAAGUAAAAUGUAGUGGACAUAAAAAAGGGAUGAACCACGACUUUUUUCAGUCCUUUUAGCUUCGUUGUCUCUCUCUCUCUCCCUCUCUUUCUUUCUUUUUUUUUUUUUUUUUUAGGGGUAAACUAUGGAGUUUGUAAACAUUUGUGUUCGUUAUAAAUAUGUGAAGAAAAUUAGAGGUUUU